AUGUCCGGUGCAGAUCCAAAUCGUCGUAGUAGAGUAACUGAGUGGAGGUAUAAAGAUCAAGCAAAAGAGGAUGUAACUUCGAUGCAAAGAUCUGAAUUGCACAUGAUCCUGGCUCUUAUGCGGAUGGUCCCAGCCAGUGUUCAGGAGUGCACCAUGUCUAUGAGAUGUAACCAUGCCCGGAUCAUUUGCUGCAAGAGCAUUGAAACAAUUCUGUUGGGCGAUCCCACCUUUAAAAAGCAAUUUCGAAUGGACAGGUCAACAUUUGAGCUCCUGAUUGUUGCUGUGGGCAACCACUUGCUGGCCGCUGGAAGGUGGUACCGCAUUGCCACACCGGACUCUUUGAGAACUGUUAGCAGUCGUUUUGGAGUGUCUAUAUCUACUGUACAUGAUCACUACAAAUGCAUCAUUAAAGCAUUACGAGAGAUGGUUGCUAAUUACAUCAGGUGGUCAACUGCCUACGAACAGGAAAUCAUUGCUGAGAAUUUUGAAAAUCUGUAUGGUUAUCCUGGAGUGUGUGGGUGCAUUGAUGGCAGCCACAUCAACAUCGCCAAGCCUUUGCAGCCAGGGAGUGUUGGUGACAAACGCACCUUCAGAAGAAGUAGACUUGGACAGAGGAUUUUGAGGUACCCUGCAGGUGCUAUGGAAACCCAAAGUCUCUUAGGGGAUGGAGGAUACACUCUCAUAGAAAAGGUUAUUAUUCCAUACAAAGACAAUGGUGCCUUGACACCACAGUUUGUAGUGGACCACAUAACAUCAUGUGCAGUUCUUCAUAACUUUAUUAUAUUGGAAGGAGAUGCUUUGGAACCGGACAUGGAACCUAAACCAGACCUGGAUGAUGAUGAUGUGAACUUGAGGCAGUUAUGA